AGAUUUUUUUAUAGGUUUGUGCUCGAAAGCAUCUCCAUGCCUGUCUCCCUUAUACCCAGAAUGCACAGGCGGGUAGCAGAGUACUGACACAGGUAACAUGGAGAUUGGUACCUCGGGCUGACAUUCGGAGCGCCGUUUAUUUCCCAGGCAAAAGCCGCCGUGUUGCAGCCGACGACCCCUUUCCCUGCCUGGUUUUUCGGGGCUUCCGGGGGAAGGCAGUGGAGCGGCGGAGACGCACCGCGGGAGAAUGGCAGCAUCCGAGCUCUUUACCAAGUUUGCCAGGGUAUGGAUCCCUGACUCAGUGGAUGUCUGGAAAUCUGCGGAGCUGCUCAAAGACUACAAGCCGGGAGACACAGUGCUUCAUCUGAAAUCUGAAGAUGACCAGGAAACGCAAUAUAGAAUUGAUCCAAAAACCAAGGAGCUUCCACCUCUACGGAACCCCGAUAUACUUGUGGGCGAAAAUGACCUCACAGCGCUCAGUUACCUCCACGAGCCCGCAGUUCUGCACAACCUCAAAGUGCGCUUCAUGGACUCCAAGCUCAUCUACACGUAUUGUGGUAUUGUUUUGGUGGCCAUCAAUCCAUAUGAGCAGUUGCCUAUCUAUGGGGAGGAUAUCAUCAAUGCCUAUAGCGGACAGAACAUGGGAGAUAUGGACCCUCAUAUCUUCGCCGUUGCUGAGGAGGCUUACAAGCAGAUGGCCAGGGAUGAGCGGAAUCAGUCUAUCAUUGUAAGUGGAGAGUCCGGUGCUGGGAAAACUGUCUCGGCUAAGUAUGCCAUGCGAUACUUUGCGACAGUCAGUGGCUCUGCCAGUGAGGCUAACGUGGAAGAGAAGGUUCUGGCCUCCAACCCCAUCAUGGAGUCCAUUGGAAAUGCAAAAACUACCAGAAACGAUAACAGCAGUCGAUUUGGAAAAUACAUUGAAAUUGGGUUUGACAAGAAGUAUCGUAUCACAGGGGCUAACAUGAGAACCUACUUGUUAGAAAAGUCAAGAGUUGUUUUUCAGGCAGAGGAUGAAAGGAAUUACCAUAUUCUCUACCAGCUGUGUGCUUCUAAACAUCUGCCAGAAUUCAAGGAUCUCCAAUUGCGCCCAGCCCAGAACUUCAACUACACUAAUCUUGGAGGCAACCCUGUGAUUGAGGGAAUAGAUGAUGCAAAGGAAAUGAUGAACACAAGGCAAGCAUUCACAUUACUAGGUAUUAAUGAAUUCUACCAGAUGGGAAUCUUCCAAAUUCUUGCCUCCAUCCUUCACCUUGGAAAUGUGCCUAUUAAAGCAAAUGACCGCGAUGCGGACAACUGCUUUAUUUCUCCUAACUCAGAACAUCUGGUCAUCUUCUCUGAUCUGCUGGGUGUGGACUAUGAGCAGAUGGCUCACUGGCUGUGCCACAGGAAGAUCAUCACAGGGUCAGAGACGUAUAUCAAGCCCAUGCCCAAAUUUCAGGCCCUCAAUGCCAGGGAUGCUCUGGCAAAGCAUAUCUAUGCCAGCCUCUUCAACUGGAUAGUUCACCAUGUCAACAAAGCCCUUCGCGCGUCAGUAAAGCAACAUUCGUUCAUCGGUGUGUUGGACAUAUACGGGUUUGAGACUUUUGAAAUAAACAGUUUUGAACAGUUUUGCAUCAAUUAUGCAAAUGAGAAGUUACAGCAGCAGUUUAAUAUGCAUGUGUUCAAGUUGGAGCAGGAAGAGUACAUGAAGGAACAGAUUCCUUGGACGCUAAUAGAUUUUUAUGAUAAUCAGCCUUGCAUUAACCUAAUUGAAGCUAAACUUGGCAUUCUUGACCUGUUGGAUGAGGAGUGUAAGAUGCCCAAAGGAUCGGAUGACACCUGGGCCCAGAAGCUGUAUAACACUCACUUAAACAAGACUGCACUGUUCCAUAAGCCGCGCAUGUCAAACAGAGCCUUCAUCAUCCAGCACUUCGCUGACCAGGUCGAGUACCAGUGCGAAGGAUUUUUGGAAAAGAACAAAGACACAGUGUACGAAGAGCAGAUUUCAGUGCUGAAGGCCAGUAAGUUAAGUCUGCUUGCUGAGCUGUUCCAAGAAGAGAAGCAGGUCAGCAGCCCAACUGAGGGACGGCCUCCAGUUGCCAGGGCAACUGUGAAAUCCGCCAAGCCGAGAGCACUGCAGCCAAGCAAAGAGCACAAGAAAUCAGUGGGGCACCAGUUCCGGAACUCCCUUCACCUUCUGAUGGAGACCCUCAAUGCUACGACUCCUCACUACGUGCGUUGCAUUAAGCCCAAUGAUGACAAGUUUGCUUUCACGUUUGAUCCAAAACGUGCCGUGCAACAGCUUCGUGCCUGUGGUGUGCUGGAAACCAUCAGGAUAAGUGCCGCAGGUUUCCCGUCGAGAUGGACGUAUCAAGAAUUCUUCAAUCGUUAUCGUGUCCUGAUGAAGCAAAAGGAUGUUCUCAGUGACAAAAAAUUGACAUGCAAAAAUGUCCUGGAGAAGUUAAUAAAGGACCAGGACAAGUAUCAGUUUGGUAAAACAAAGAUUUUCUUUCGCGCCGGGCAAGUGGCCUACCUGGAGAAGCUUCGAGCAGACAAACUCCGCGUCGCCUGUAUCAGGAUCCAGAAGACAAUUCGGAGCUGGCUGCAGCGGAAGAAGUACCUGCGCAUGCGAUCGGCGGCAAUUACAAUCCAGAGAUAUGUGCGGGGCUACCAGGCCAGAUGCUAUGCUGAGUUCCUCCGCAGGACCCGGGCUGCCGUCCUCAUCCAAAAAUACCAGCGCAUGUUCGCGACUCGGCAGAAGUUCCUGCGUAUCCGGUCGGCCACCAUUAUUAUCCAGUCCUUUGUGCGAGGCUUCCGGGGAAGGCGCCGAUUUAUGGCUCUUCUCCGGGAACAAAAGGCCAUCAUUCUCCAGAAGCAUCUGCGGGGCUGGAUGGCAAGGCGCAAGUAUCACAGGACGCAGCACGCCAUCGUCUACCUGCAGUGUUGUUAUCGCCGCAUGAUGGCAAAGCGCGAGCUUAAGAAGUUGAAGAUUGAAGCUCGCUCUGUGGAACACUACAAGACCCUCAACAUUGGCAUGGAGAACAAGAUUGUGCAACUACAGUGUAAAGUCAAUGACCAGACCAAAGAGAUAAAAUCCCUGCUGGAGAAGUUGCUGAGUCUGGAAGCUACACACACCAGCGAGACAGAGAAGCUGCGCAGUGAGGUUGAUCGGCUGCGUGCCAACGAAGAAAAUGCUAAAGUGUCGUCCAACAAGAUCACGUGCCUGAUGGAGGAAAUUGCCAUACUGCGUAAGGAACUGAAGGAGACUCAGGCACAGAAGAAACAUCUUGAAGAAAGUGCAGAAAAAUACAAAGAGGAAACAGAUCAGGUGAUGUUCCAGCUCAAAGAGCAGAAUGCUUUGCUGAAGAAUGAGAAAGAAGAUCUGAAUCUCCGAAUCCAGGAGCAGGCCAAGGAGAUAACAGAAUCGAUGGAGAGAAGGAAUGAAGAAGAGACCAAGCAGCUUCAGAUUGACCUUAAUGACGAGCGAUCUCGGUACCAGUCUUUGCUUAACGAGUUCUGCAAACUGGAGGAACGCUAUGAUAACCUAAAAGAGGAGAUGUCUUUAGUUAGCAUAACGAAACCUGGUCACAGAAGGACGGACUCGACCCACAGCAGCAAUGAGUCAGAGUACACCUACAACUCCCUGCUUUCCUCAGAGCCUGGAGAACCGGAGGAUGUGACAAGAAGAACAGAGGAGUUUCCAGACCAGAAAGGAACUUUGGAUAUGUCGCUGUUCCUGAAGCUGCAGAAGCGCGUGACUGAGCUGGAGCAAGAGAAGCAGGCCUUGCAGGAAGAAUUGGACGGAAAGGAGGAACAGGCACUUAGAAGCAAAAAGGAGGCAGAAGAGCAGCUACUUAAAGCCAGGGGCGCUGAGCUGGAGUACGAAUCUCUGAAGAGGCAAGAGUUGGAGUCGGAGAAUAAGAAAUUAAAGAAUGAACUGAAUGAGUUGCACAGAGCCCUGACGGACAAAAGCACCCCUCAGGCCACUGCCCCCGGUUCUCCUGCCUACAAAGUUCUGCUUGACCACCUGAAUGCAGCGACAGAAGAGCUGGAGGUUCGCAAGGAGGAGGUUCUCAUUCUCCGGUCCCAGCUGGUCAGCCAGAAGGAAGCCAUGUCUUGCAAGGAGACGAUGACAGAGCCCAUGGUUCUCUUGGAGGACGUGCGGAAAAUGAAGGAUCAAGGAGAAAUAACCCAAGCAUUCCUUGGGCUCAAGGAAACCAACAGGCCAUCACAGGACUGCCAAUUGCUGAAUGAGGAUGGAGAGCUUUGGAUGGCUUAUGAAGGGUUAAAACGAGCCAACAGGCUGCUGGAAUCUCAGCUUCAAGGCCAGAAGAAGGUUUAUGAGAACGAACUGGAGAUUUUGCGCGGGGAGGUGCAGAAUCUGAAGGAGGAGAUAAAUCGCCAGCAGCAGCUGUUGGCUCAGAACCUGCAGCUCCCACCAGAGGCGCGGAUUGAGGCCAGCCUGCAGCACGAGAUUACCAGACUAACCAAUGAGAACCUCUAUUAUGAGGAGUUAUAUGCAGAUGACCCCAUGAAGUAUCAGUUCUACAGGAUAUCGCUUUACAAACGGAUCAUUGAUCUCAUGGAACAGCUGGAGAAGCAGGACAAGACUGUCCGGAAGCUGAAAAAGCAGCUUAAAGUAUUUGCAAAGAAAAUUGGUGAACUGGAAGUGGGCCAGACUGAGAAUGUGUCUCCAGCUCAGCUUGCAGAUGAACCCAUCCGUCCGGUGAAUAUUCCAAGGAAAGAAAAAGAUUUCCAGGGAAUGUUGGAAUACAAAAAGGAUGAUGAGCUGAAGCUUAUUAAGAAUCUCAUUCUAGAACUGAAGCCUCGUGGCGUAGCUGUCAACUUGAUUCCUGGUCUGCCAGCCUACAUCUUGUUUAUGUGUGUACGCCACGCUGAUUACAUCAAUGACGACCAACGAGUGCGAUCUUUGCUGACCUCAACUAUAAACGGCAUCAAGAAGAUCCUGAAGAAACGGAGUGAUGACUUUGAAAUUGUGUCAUUCUGGUUGUCCAACACUUGUCGUUUCUUGCACUGUCUGAAACAGUACAGUGGCGAAGAGGCAUUCAUGAAGCACAAUACCCCUCGACAGAAUGACCAUUGUUUGAGGAAUUUUGACCUUGCCGAAUAUCGGCAGGUCAUUAGCGAUCUAGCAAUUCAAAUAUACCAACAGCUCACCAAGGUGAUGGAGAAUGUUCUGCAGCCAAUGAUUGUUUCAGGUAUGUUGGAACAUGAGACUAUUCAGGGGGUAUCUGGGCUGAAGCCGACAGGACUCCGUAAGAGGACUUCCAGCGUUGCAGAUGAAGGAACGUAUACUCUAGAUUCCAUAGUUCGCCAACUAAAUAACUUCCAUUCCACUAUGUGCCAGCAUGGCAUGGACCCCGAGCUCAUCAAGCAAAUUGUCAAGCAAAUGUUCUACAUCAUUGGGUCUGUCACCCUGAAUAAUCUGCUUCUUCGCAAGGAUAUGUGCUCCUGGAGCAAGGGAAUGCAAAUCAGGUACAACGUGAGUCAGCUUGAGGAGUGGCUGAGGGACAAGAAUCUACAGACUAGCGGUGCUAAGGAAACCCUGGAGCCAUUAAUUCAGGCAGCCCAGCUACUGCAGGUGAAAAAGAAGACCGAUGAAGAUGCAGAAGCCAUUUGUUCAAUGUGCAGUGCUCUAACAACUGCCCAGAUUGUGAAAGUCUUAAAUUUAUACACUCCUGUUAAUGAAUUCGAAGAGCGUGUAACUGCGUCUUUUAUACGCACUAUUCAGGUGCGUUUACAAAACCGAAAAGACUCUCCGCAGUUGCUAAUGGAUGCCAAACACAUAUUCCCUGUUACGUUCCCUUUCAAUCCAUCUUCUUUAGCGCUCGAGAGCAUUCAGAUUCCAAGCAGUAUGAACCUUGGAUUCCUGAUACGUGUCUGAGGAAGAGUUAAGCAAGAUGGGGAUCAUAUCCAUUCAUCCCACACAGCUAGAGCAGUGCUUAAGUAUCUGCCUUUGAAAAGAAUGUACAUCGAAAGUAAAUGCUGAACCUCCUCAUACAGCACCAAUAAAUAUCCAGUGAUGACUGCUACUGCGCAGUUUCAGUGAAUAUACUUUGGAUUUAGCAACUGUAAAUUAGGGUUGUGUCAUACUUCAAUUAUUAGCCAUUAAACUAAGGGGAAUACAACUGCCUGAUAUAGCAUCAUUUUGUCUAAUAACUAUUAUUUAUGGUCAAUAUACAAAUGAUGUAGACUACAAAUCUCUGUUAGAAUAUAAUCUAGAGAUUAUAAUGGUGUUUAACUUAGCACAUGAUGAUAGUAGCCCUGUCCAGUGUCCCCUGAAUCUACUGAUCUGCAUCAUUUAACACCAUACUGUGUAACGUUAAGACAUAUUAAAGAUAUUUCUCGUCAAUGUUACAACUUUUUCAAACCCAUUUUAAACUGAUUUGUGCAGAUAUUUUAGUUAUUGUUUUAAGUUCCAAUUCUGACAAAGCACAAAAGCACUCAAAAGGGCAAAAUAUCAAAAUCUCAGAUUGCUAUUUGGAUAUCAGAUGGAUAGUUAAAAUAUAGAAGAUUGAACAAAACAUUUUUUCAGUACUUGACGUAUUACCUUUUGACCUUUUAAAUAUGCCCUUGUUGGAACUUCUUAACACUUUACAGGAACUCUUUCAUUUAUUUGUUACUGUGUAUAUUAGGGUAAAGGAUGACAAUUGUAAAAGCAAAGUAGAAGUAUUUUUUCCAGUAUUUUCAGUGCAGUAUUUAGUGACCUUGGGGUCAGGUUGUGUGUCAGUUGCCGUGGUUACGAUGCAGGCAUCACCCUAAUUGGACUGCUAUCACUCCAAUCUCUCAGAGCUCAGAUGGUGUACUGUAGAAUCAAUUCUGAAAGUUCUUAAAAUUUGAAUAUCUUAUUUUAAGGACAAUAGGUACUCUGAUUCGAAAUUUGACUUAAAACGUCGCUUCAUGCUGGCCAAAAUUUAUGUACUUGUUCUACCCUUCAUUGUUUACAUAUUUUAAGUUAUUUAAUUCAUUACUUAAGUAGCCAAUUUCAAAAACCUGAUUUCAGGACAAUGGUUUACAUAUUAAAUGGUGUAUUAUUUGUGCCUAUUUAUAGUCUGAAUGGAAAACCCAAUAUUUAACUGGGAGGUAUAUGGUAUUUCUAAGUCCCAUAUGGUAAAAGUCUGUGUAGUGCUCUGUAUAUCUGCAGAAUGGUUUAUAUAAUCCACUGAUGUUAGCUAAGCAAAUUAGACAAUACUUCGAUAGAAACAAUAUUGAAUAUUUGAUUUAUUCAUUACAUAUUUUGGGUUUUGCAGUUUUGUACAUUCCAGUCUUAAAGUACAAGGUUCUCUAGUUUCCCCCCACCCCAGUCAAAUAUUUACUUAAUUCACCCAAAAUUAAUUUGUUAAAAAAGCAUAAUAUGUUUUGGUCAAUCUAAAAAGGAUGCUUUUUUUGUCAAGAGGACUGCAGACAGAAAGGGUUUAUGUUUUAAAGAAAGAUUGUCUGGGAAAGCAGUAUAUUCCAAGUUAUUGGCUGUCACUCAUCGAUUGUGUCUCAUUCCAUCAGCAGUGAUUUGUUUUAGGGCAUUUACACAAAUUCUGGGUUAAGAAAGUGAACUCUGAACUUAGCAAAGACACAACAGAUGAACGAACUAUGAAGGCAAUCUUCCUUUGAAAUAUUAUUUAUGCACUUUAGUUCUCCCCCAUAUAUAGUUUCAUGUUUCCUGCUUUAUAUUGCAUUUAACUUUUUGGUACCAUAAAAUGCAAGUACAUUAGUAGUAUUUGGUGUUAAGAAACUGGAGAUUCUUAAAUUAUCAACAGUGGUCAGCUGAAAACAUAAUUGUUGCUAUGGUAUGCUGAUGACUGAUGUUAACCCUGGAUAACUAUUGUGCUUAACCAGGUAGCAAACAAUAGUAUGAUAUUGAUGUACAGAAAAGUUCUGAAAACACUGUAGCGUUUCCUGUUCGUUUCAAUUAGUAACUGUGUGCAUUAUGGAAAAUGUAUAUUGACUUAGGAAAUAAAGUAAUGUUCAACUUGUAAAAAUAAACAUUUCAACACUAUAAACCAGCUGCCUUAGUUUUAAUGAUUGAUAUCUGCCAGUUUUGGGAAUCUCUUAUUUAGAGUUGCAUAGCACGCAAAUGGGACCAUCAUUCCUAUUGUUCCAUUCCGACCAAAAUUCCCACUGAAGUUAGUCCCAUUUACCCCAUAUUCUAAUCUUUCCUACCCGAGUACCCGUCCGAGUAACUUGUUAGGUGCCUGAGCCACCUGCUCUGAAGGCAUUGCUGGAAAAUACUAAUUAGCCUUGAACAGUGUGAUUUGUGAAACUAUUCCGGAGGUGUUUAAAGCUAGUACCCUGAGCCAGGACAACUCCUGGAACUUUGGAGCAUCAACACUUCAAAAGAGUGCAACACAUUGUUUUCUUUUUACAACUCACUGAAAGUU